AUAUGGGAACUGUUGCAAAAUCUUACCAUAACAAAGACAAUAAUUCGGUCAUUGGCUACUGCGGCAAGCAUACUAUUAAACAACAUCGUUUACAAGAAGAACUGACUAAAGCAACACUAGAAAAUGCUCCACAUGCUGGAAUGUUAGGAGCACCAGAGGUGCUAACGCUUGGAGAAAACUUUAUUCACUUGAUAGGAGGGAAAAAAGCCCUUGAUAACUACAAAAAAUUCGGCCUUCCCAUCAUAUCGAAAAACAAAGAAGUCCUUGAUCGAAUUGUUACGGUUGAGGGGCCUGCUCUGGACAGCUUAGAUUUUGGCAUACAAAAUGUUUCAGACCGAUUGAUUGCUGAAGGACAAAGCGGCACUUUCGACUUUGCCUUCAUCGAUGCUGACAAGCUCAACUAUACCUCCUACUACGACCGUGCCGUCACACUUUUGAGGAAGGGCGGUGUUAUAAUGAUUGAUAAUGCGCUCUGGCAUGGACGUGUAGCCGAGGAUCCCUCCACGUUCGAUAAUAACACUAAAGCAAUUGAUGAUACCAACAAAAAGGUGCAUUUUACUCUCAUAGAUUUCAGUUCAGCCUUCCCUAUUCUAGAGUUGAAUCAUAUAUUUCAGAUUUUUAAUGAUGAUCGUACGUACUCAGCUCUAAUCAACAUCGGUGACGGAACACAUAUCGCUUUCAAGAAAUAAUC